UCAAAACCGGUCUCAUCCUCCUCAUUCUCCUGGAUCUCCCAAAAGGCAAAAUCCGCCCAUUUAACCCAGGAAUGAAUCCGUCGGGCAAGAAGCUCGCUCUCACGGUCUCAGCAGACUCUCACUCACUGUAGUAAUUAAUAAACACACACACUCUCUCUCUGUCUCUCUCUAGACUGCAGCCCACUUCCUUCUUUCGCAGCUGCUUAUUAUGUCAGAGAGCUGCAACUCUCGCCACUUCUCAUGGCUCAUGAAAUCCUGCUUCCCCAAUCCCAACAACACUUCUCCCAACUCCUUCAUUCGCCUUCCCCUCAAUGUCCCCGAUCAUUGCUCCGUCUCCACUACUGUUUCCUCUCUCCCCGAUGAUCUUCUUCUUGAAUGCCUCUCCCGUGUCCCUCCCUCUUCUCUCCCUGCUCUCUCUCUCGUUUGCCUCCGCUGGGCCCGCCUCCUCCAGUCCUCUUACUUCUUCGAUCUCCGUCGACGCCUCGGUCGCCUCGAGAAUUUCGUGUUUGCUGUCUCUGCCACCGACUCUGGCCUUUAUGCUGCUAGUCUCCGCUUCCAUGACGAUGCCGAUGCUCUUUGGAAGGUCGCUUUCUUCCUCCCCAACGACGCCGUUUCCCUCGGCAGUUUCCAUGGCUUGCUUUCCCACGCCCGGUUGUCCGCUGUCGGCCAUAGAAUUUUCAUCAUUGGUCGGGACUCGAUGGUGCGGUACGACACGUGGUCCAGGACGGUUGUAGCCAGAUCGGCAAUGAUUUUCCCCAGGAAGAAGUUCGCUACAGCCGUCGUUUCUGGGAAAAUAUACGCUGCUGGAGGCGGUCCGAGGACCAGCGCGGUGGAGGAGUACGAUCCCGAUUCCGAUGCGUGGCGCGUGGUUGCACACGCCCCGAGGAGGAGGUACGGUUGCUUUGGGGCUGCGGUGGACGGUGUCUUUUACGUGAUCGGAGGGCUCAAGAUUGGAGCUUCGGUGGAUGAGCCCUCGCGAGCGGCCGCCAACGCGGAGGCUCACGUGUACGCGAGCUCGAUGGACUUGUACAACGUGGAGGCCCGUACGUGGAUGAGAAGCCGAGCCAUCCCCGGAGGCGGAUGCGUAGUGGCAGCUUGCGCUGCCGCCGGGUACGUGUAUGUCCUCGCCAGCCACGCCGUGGAGCUCUCGUUCUGGAGAUUCGACGCGCGAAGAAGAAGCACUAGUAACAGUAACAAGGGAAGCAUCGUUAACAGUGGAUUUGGAGAAUGGUGCAGGUUAAAGAGCCCUCCUCUGCCGGCGCAGGUUAGGUUCGACAGCACCGUGAGGUUCAGCUGCGUAGGGGUGGGAGUGAAGGUGGUGCUGAUUCAAGUCAAGGGCUGCAUCGACGACCUGUUGAGGCGGAGCGGGAGGGGGCUGAGAGAUUUAAGAGAAGGGCUAGUUCUGCUCUACGAUUCCGCCUCCGGAGACUGGAAUAGAGGGGCAGAUCUGCCGGAGGUGAUUCAACGCACCGCCUGCGUGUGUGUGGAGUGCUAAGUUACGCUCUCCCUAGUGGCGUAUGUUAGGGAGCUUCCCGAGCUGGAGUGCACGUGAUUGUGAUCGUGAUCGUGAUCGUGAUCGUUACGCACACGGUUUGCAUAAGGCGAGGAAAAGCGUCAUUUUGGGCGUUUUAUUUUAUUAUAGAAGAAACGAUUGUUGAUUGCGCUAGUUUUGGCAUGGAUCAAAAGAUUGGUGUUGUUGUUUUCGGGAAUAGGAUCCAUGGGACCAUGGGGGUUUGGACAAAAUUCUGCGUGGCUUAGGAUUCUUAAAUUUGUCUAUGUUUCUGUCCUCUUCAUCUGGUUAACUGUGUGGUGCAUUUCUUUAAUUGGCAGUCCUAUUUUUUUAAGUCCGAUGUUGGAAGUUUGAAAAAAAAUUCUCUUGCUAAUUUGAAAGGAGAAUUCUGUAAAUGUAUCAUUUGAAAGGACUAAGGAGAGAGGAAUGGCAGUUUGUUUAGUUGCUGGCUUCUUGUUUCUUAUUUUGCUGGUUGCCACAUGUGCA